ACAGAAGCAGUACAAGCAGAAAUGUCACAUCAAACGGGCAUCCAAGCAACGGGAGAAGUGAGAGAGGUGUUUGGCAAAGCCCGAAACGGAGAAUACAGACUGAUCAAGAUUGACAUACAGAAUGAGCAGCUAGUCCUUGGUGGCUGUAAGAAGGCGUCUAAGAAGUGGGAUGCUGAAUACGACGCCUUGCUGCUGCCUCUUCUUCAAGAUGACACGCCCUGCUACACACUCUACCGCCUCGACUCCACCAACACACUCGGGCAUCAGUGGAUAUUCAUCGCCUGGACACCAGAGAACUCUCCUGUCCGUUUGAAGAUGUUGUAUGCUGCCACUCGAGCUACACUGAAGAAGGAGUUUGGCGGAGGACACAUUAAAGAUGAAGUAUUUGCCACAUGCAGGGAUGAAGUCACCUUAAGUGGUUAUCAGCAGUUUCUCGCCUCUCAGGACGCCCCUAAACCACUAACUGCAGCUGAAGAGGAACUCAGACAGAUCAGACUAAACGAGGUGCAGUCAGAUGUGAGUGUGGAGUCUAAACACCAGGGGGCGUUGCAGGGAGUUUCCUUCCCCAUCCAGAGGGAUGCAGUGCAAGCUCUUGAACAGCUACGCAGUAAGAAGAUCAACUACGUACAACUGGAGAUAGACUUCCCCAAUGAAUCUAUUAAGUUGUCCUGCGCGGCGCCCACUGACCUGAAGGAUCUUCCCAAGAGGAUCCCGCGCGACGCAGCCAGAUAUCACUUAUAUAUGUUCAAACACACGCACCAGGGACAACACCUAGAGUCUAUUGUCUUCGUCUACUCCAUGCCAGGUUAUAAGUGCAGCAUCAGGGAGAGGAUGCUCUACUCCAGCUGCAAGAAUACGCUCAUUCAUACAGUGGAGAAUAGCCUGCACAUCCCUAUAGCCAAGAAGUUGGAGAUUGACGAUGGGGCUGAGCUGACUGCUGACUUCCUUUAUGAAGAGCUUCAUCCUCAUCAGGAAUCCAACAUGGCCGCCUUCUCCAAGCCCAAAUCCAACAUGGCCACCUUCUCCAAGCCCAAAGGCCCCACAGGGAAGAAAGGAGGCCGCCGCAUCACACGUGCACCGGGAGACGAGGACAAAUAGCAGCACACACACACGCAUGCACGCACACACACAAACACACAUAGACACACACGCAUAUAC